GAAACCGCGCCCGCCGUCGCGCUGGCGGCCCCGCUCCUUUUUGUCCCUCCGCCCGAGCCGUAGCGGCGCUGCGGCAGGGGAGGGCGGGGUUAAGGCCCGGAUGCGGAAGUGGCCGCUCACUUCCGCUUUCUGGGCAGAGGCAGAGGCAGCUGUUGUUGGAGCGCUCUGAGGCCGUGCCGGAACCAUGCCUCGCAAGAUUGAGGAGAUUAAAGACUUUUUGCUGACAGCCAGGAGGAAGGACGCGAAGUCGGUCAAGAUCAAGAAGAACAAGGAUAAUGUGAAAUUCAAGGUGCGCUGCAGCCGGUACCUGUACACCCUGGUCAUCACGGACAAGGAGAAGGCCGAGAAGCUGAAGCAGUCCCUGCCCCCAGGUUUGGCCGUGAAGGAGCUGAAAUGAGCCGUUCAUGUGUAGGUUUCUCCAUGUUUGUUACAUAAAUAAAAACCUGAAGUGUU